UAAAUGAUACUGGGAAUGCUAUCGGUGCUUUGCUACAGGAAAUGUAACCGGCCUGUAAUCCUGUUCAGGUCCGGGGUAGUUAUAUAAAUGACAGGUGCUUGGCUGUAACCCCUUCAUUCAGGCAUCAUGAAAUUUCUGAUCUUGGCUCUGUUCAUUGCUGGCGCCUACGGUUGUGGGCAGCCCACCUAUAAACCUUCCAUCUCAAGGGUGGUUGGUGGAACUGAUGUUGUCCCAAACAGCUGGCCCUGGCAGGCGUCCUUCCAGUACCAGAGUGGCAACAGCUUUUACCACACUUGUGGUGGCACCCUGAUCGCCAGUGAGUGGGUUUUGACUGCUGCUCACUGCGUUGGCAGCCGCACUUACAGGGUCUACCUGGGCAAGCACAAUCUGCCAGACGACAACGAGGCUGGCUCUCUCGUCAUCUCUCCUUCCAAGAUUAUAGUGCACGAGAACUGGGAUUCCUACAAUAUCCGCAAUGACAUUGCCCUGAUCAAGUUGUCGACUCCAGUGACUUUUACUGACAAGAUUUCUCCUGCUUGCCUGCCUGCGUCCGGCAGCAUUCUGCCUCACGACUUCGGCUGUUAUGUUACUGGAUGGGGACGCCUCUGGACCAAUGGCCCCAUUGCUGAUAUUCUGCAGCAGGCUAAGCUCCCUGUUGUGGACUUUGCUACCUGCAGUAGGCCUGACUGGUGGGGCGACCUUGUGACCAACCUCAUGAUUUGCGCUGGUGGAGAUGGAGUGGUGUCUAGCUGCAACGGUGAUUCUGGUGGCCCUCUGAACUGCCAGAGAAGUGACGGCACCUGGGAUGUUCACGGUAUCGUGAGUUUUGGCUCCAGCUUGGGCUGCAACUACCCCAAGAAGCCCUCCGCCUUCACCCGUGUGUCUGGCUACAUUUCCUGGAUCAACAAUGUGAUGACCUCUAAUUAAAGUGUGGAAGGUGCGGUUACUUCAAAAUUAACAACAACCAAAAAAAUAAAUGUGUAAUCAAUAAACAUGUAUUCAACAACUA